CUAUUAUAUAGAUUAAGUGAUAUUAGACGGGAAACAUUGCUCGGUUUAGCGAACGUCUGAUGCCACUGUCUCCACAAUGUUGACACGCUGCAUUCACAUACCCAGGAUAAAGAAGAAACGUGUCUGCCUCUGUUGGUUUACUUGGUGUGUUUUCUUGGCAGGUCUGGUUGCCAUGGAUAUCAUUGUUCAAAGAACGAAAGUGAUCGUCGACCACAUUUCGGCCCAACAACCGAUGCAAAGAUUCUUCGAUGCAAGACGAGCUGAUUUAAAUCGCACGUUCAUGUCUUUAGACUCUGGUUAUAUUCAUAUUCUCAGUGCAGUUGCCCAAAAUUCUUCAGCCAAUAGUUUUUAUGAUAACAUCGUUCUUAGUGGAUGGCAAACACCAACAGAUGAUUUUCACAGUGAACUUAAAUGUUGUCUCUUUUACGCAAAUCCACUUAAAGCUUUUGUUGCCAAUUUGACGCAGAUACGAAACUCUACCAAUUUGAGACAUUCUGAGAUAGAAGCCAAGCAAUACGUGUGUCCAAAUGUGUAUUCUAAUAGAAAUAUAUCACCAAUAGCAAUAUCAUUAACUACUGGAGAGCGAUGUCCUGAAGACUUGACUAAAUACGCGACUGUGGAUUUCCCUCACAAGGCGCAAAACGGUUCGCUGGGUGUCUGUGCCAAAUUAGUUUUCGGAAACAUUUCGGCCGGGUCUCUUGUCGAGUGGUUUGAAUACCAGCGACUUAUGAAAGUAGACAAAGUGAUAGCUUACACAUACAAGUUGAACGAAGAGGCUAUGAAAGUGUUGAAAUAUUAUUCUUCAACCGGACUGGUCGAGUUCUUGCCGUUUUCAUUACCACAUAGAGAAAAAUAUCACAGGGAUGUUGGAGUAAAAAACUUGAACAGUUGGAACGACGAAGAAGUUGCUGUGUUCGAUUGUCAAAACAGGCUAUCGGGAUACACCUAUACGGGCCUCUAUGACUUUGAUGAAUUUAUAUACCCUAAAAAUGUCAAGAACUUGAAAGACUUACUGUUAUCACUGGGAAAACUGUAUCCCAACUCAGCUGGAUAUACUUUUAAAACCGAAGUAUACGCGACAACUUGGGGUGAACGACAGAAUAACACGAUUGAAAAUGAUUUGACGAUUGGAAGAUAUAACCAGCGUGGUGACCCAAUGUGGGACAGGGUGAAGUCUAUCGUUAUCACUGACAGACUGAUGCCUGGACGAAUGUCAACGCACGGUUACUGGUCGAAGAAGCCGUAUAAAAAGUCUAUUGUCAAUGAGUCGUAUGCAGUCCUUAAACAUUACCGGACUUGCCGGAUGGAGUGGAUGAACAACAACGGAACCUUGUGUUACAAGCUUAUCGAGCGACAUGAGGACAAUACGCUUGUACAAGUCGCUGACUUGAUUAGAGUGAACGUUAUGAACGUUAUGGACGUAAUAAAAGCGACAAUGAAUUAUAGUUCCUGUUGACGUUUUUUUAAAUAGGGACGGUCUAGUUUCUGGUAUUUAUUGACGUUAUGGACAAAAUUACUACGUAACAUCGAUCUAUUUUAAAUUGUCUUAAUUGUCAGACGGGACUUAGUUUUUUUUUUUAACUUAAAGGCCAGACUAACUGGACAAACAUUUUACAUGUAGUUUUAUUCGACGUUAUGGACAGACUUAUUGGAUGAACUAUCAAGUUUCUAUCGACAUUAUAAACAAACUAACUGGGCAAACAAAUUAGUUUUAUUUUUGACGUUAUGGACUGACUAACUGGGUCAAUGAUUUAGUUUCUAUAGACCCGAUGGAUAGACCAACGGGGCCAUGCAUGUAGUGUAUAUUGACGUUAUGGACAGACUACCAUGGUCAAAGAUCUUGUUUUCUUUUCCAUUAUUGACAGACCAAACUAGUUUCUAUGGAGUCCCUAUGGACAGACCAACGGGGACAGCUGAGUGUCCAGGCGAGGACGAUGGUUGUGUAAUAGAACAGAAUCAGAUACAAAAUGAGGAUAACUAGUGUUCUAGAUCAAGUAACCGAUUAGAUAGAGUCUCAGUGUGUGUAUACCACGUUAUAAAUUACGUCAUA